UCACAUUGUGCGCCAGUUCAGUUGGCGGCGCUCGGAGAAAAACACAAAACAAGAAGCGAAACGAAGAGCUAUUUCGCAGACCUGAGCUGAGAUUGUUGUUGGUUUUCUUCAGGUUCAGGAUCAGAGAUGCAGUCUGGAUCAGAUCCUCCCGGACCCAAGUCAGUCAGAAGAUCUCCUCGCCUGUCUCCUCAGUGCAGCAGCAGUAAAGGACACGAGGAGAGGAAAGGAGGAGGUCUGCAGGAGGCGAAGAGGAGAGGGAAGAUGGAGAGAAGCCGAGAGGAGGACGAGGAGCUGAGCGACAGAUUGCAGACGCUGGAUCUGUCCAGCAGGACAGCAGCCAGGGGAACAGGUCUGGUGUACUCUGACAUCUUCACUCAUCAUGAGAACCUGUGGGACUCCAGUCAUCCGGAGAGUCCGGACCGAGUGACGUGCAUCAUGGAGGAGCUGCAGAGACAGGACCUGCUGUCUCACUGCAUCAGAGUCGAGCCCAGAGAAGCUGCAGAAGAGGAGCUGCUGCUCGCUCACUCGAAAGAUCACGUGGAUUUGAUGAAGUCGACUCAGGCGAUGACGGAGAGUGAACUACAAACUCUGUCUGAGAAAUACGACUCUGUUUACCUUCAUCCUGAGUCCUUCCAGGUGUCUCUGUCUGCGGUGGGUUCGGUCCUCCAGCUGGUUGAUCAGGUGAUGACCUCUGAGCUCAAGAACGGAUUCGCUGUCAUCAGACCUCCAGGUCAUCAUGCUCAGUCCAACCUGGCCAACGGUUACUCUAUUUUCAACAACGUGGCGAUUGCAGCUCGAUACGCUCAGAAAAGACACUCAGUCCACAGGGUUUUGAUAGUGGACUGGGAUGUUCAUCACGGUCAGGGCAUCCAGUACCUGUUCCAGGAGGACCCCAGUGUCCUGUACUUCAGUGUCCACAGGUAUGAGCAUGGGGCUUUCUGGCCUCACCUGUCGGAGUCUGACUGUCGGUUUGUCGGCAGCGGACGAGCUGAAGGCAGAAACAUCAACCUCCCCUGGAACAAGACGGGGAUGACAGACGCCGAUUACAUCGCAGCUUUUCAACAACUGCUGCUGCCUGUAGCCUACGAGUUUCAGCCUCAGCUGGUUCUGGUCUCUGCUGGAUUUGAUGCUGCAGUCGGCGAUCCAAAGGGGGAGAUGUGUGUGAGUCCUCAGUGUUUCCAUGUUCUGACUCACAUGUUGAUGAGUUUGGCAGAAGGUCGACUUGUUCUGGCUCUUGAGGGAGGUUAUAACCUGCAGUCGACAGCAGAGAGCGCCGCAGCGUGUGUCAGAGCUCUGCUGGGAGGAGCCUGUCCUCCUCUGACUCCGCCCACCGCUCCAUCUGACAGUGCUCUGCAGUCCAUCUCUCAGACUGUCACCGCUCUGUAUCCACACUGGGCUUCUCUGCAGACACUGGAAGGUGGCCCAUUGGCUGACAGGCGUGUCAGCAGAGCAACAACCAACCAGCAGAGCACAAAGCAGAGUGGCCCCGCCCCCUCUGUUGCAACUACAACAGGUCUGGUUUAUGAUGAGAGGAUGAUGGAGCACAUGAACAUGUGGGACAGACAUCACCCUGAACAGCCUCAGAGGAUCUUUAAAAUCUUCUCCAAACAUCAGCAGCUAGGAUUGGUCGAUCGUUGCCAACGGAUACCAGCUCGCUUAGCUACAGAGGAGGAGCUGUCCAGGUGUCACAGCGUGCAGCACAUUGAGCAGAUGAAGGCCACGGCAGCGAUGAAGCCCAGAGAUCUGCACAAACUGGGACUCGAGUUCAACUCGAUCUACAUCAACAACCAGAGCUUCCAGUCGGCUCUGCUGGCUGCCGGAGGCUGCUUCGCUGCUGUGGAGAGCGUCCUCACAGGACAGGUGAGUAACGCCGCGGCCAUCGUUCGUCCACCUGGUCAUCACGCAGAGAGAGAUUCUCCGUGCGGUUUCUGUUUCUUCAACACGGCAGCGCUUGCCGCUCGCCACGCCCAGAAAAUAUCCCCCGAUGCACCGCUGCGGGUCCUCAUCCUGGACUGGGACGUUCACCACGGCAACGGGACACAGCACAUGUUCGAGGACGACGACAGCGUCCUGUACGUCUCCCUCCAUCGCUACGACAACGGGACGUUCUUCCCGUCUUCAGAGGACGCCGCCCCCGACAGGGUGGGCGUGUCCAAGGGGGCGGGGUACAACGUCAACGUGGCGUGGAACAACGGGCGGAUGGGCGACUCAGACUACCUCGCGGCCUUCCACAGCGUCAUCAUGCCGGUCGCCACCGAGUUUAACCCCGGUCUGGUUCUGGUGUCGGCCGGGUUCGAUGCAGCUCGCGGGGAUCCCCUGGGUGGAUAUCAAGUGACCCCUGAGGGAUACGCCCACCUCACACACCUGCUGAUGUCAUUGGCCGGGGGGCGGGUCCUACUCAUACUGGAGGGAGGUUAUAACUUGUCAUCCAUCUCUGACUCCAUGGCGAUGUGCACCAGCGUGUUGCUAGGAGACCCUCCUCCCUCCUUGGUGACGCCCCUCCCUCCUCCUCAUCACAGCGCCGUGGCAACGAUCAACUCCGUCAUCCGACACCACGCCCCCUACUGGAAGUCGCUGAGGAUACACAUCCCAGAGUCUGUGCGGGCGUCUCUUCCCUCCCUGAAGCAUCGUGGGAAACGUAGUUCUAAAGGAAAAGGCAGGAAGUCAGAGCCGAGCAGCACGGACAAGCCCCCGCUGCCCCCUACAGGAAUGGAGGACACAACGACGGAGCGCGGUCUGGAGCAACUCACUCAGGGAUUGGCCAGUUUGGACAUCAGUCAGGCCAAUCACACUUCUGCUACGUCCACCCCUGUGGGCGGGGCCAGGCCGAAGGUCCGCCUCAUUCUCACCUGUGAAGUGGAAGUGAAGGCGGAGCCAGGGGAUGUGAAGGCGGAGCCAGUGGAAGUGACACCUGAGCAGAGCCAAUCAGCAGCGAGCACGCUGCCACAGCCUCAGGCUGUUGCCGUGGCAGCGUCAGAGUCGGUUGCCCCCGGAGACUCAACUGCAGGUGGAGCGGGGGCGGAGCCAGAGACUGAGGGAGCGUGUGGUUGGUCGAAGCCGAAGACGUCUCUGGAGCUGACGUGUGGAGGACAGACUGACACCCCUCUGUACGUGGUGGACCCCCUGUCCUGGUGUCCUCACCUGGACGCCGUGAAGCCCCUCCCAUCCCCAGGUAUCGACGUCUUCCAGUCGUGUCAGGACUGCGGCUCGGAUGCUGAGAACUGGACCUGUCUCACCUGCUACCAGGUGUUCUGCGGCCGCUACGUUAACGAGCACAUGGUGACGCACGGCGUCGUGUCUGAACACCCGAUGGUGCUGAGCUUCUGCGACCUGUCUGUGUGGUGCUACCUGUGUGAGGCCUACGUACACAACCAGAUUCUGUUUGAAGCUAAAAACGCUGCUCACUGCGCCAAGUUCGGAGAGGAGAUUCCUCCAUGGAGCUGAGAGGAAGACGUGAGACAGGAGGAGAUGAUGAAGAGGAUAAGGAGAUAAAGGAGGAGGAAGAGGAGGAAGAAGACAGGAGGAGGAGGAGAUGAAGAGGAGGAGUUAAAGAGGAGCAUGACGGUGUAAAAACGUGAAAGCUGUUUUCUGCUUUUCUGUCUCUCUGACUUCAGCGUGAUUGGACUGUUGAUUGAGUUGCCAUGGAUACCGCAGCCAGCAGCAGCAGUGAGUGGUGCUUUGUGGGAAACUUAAUCGAAUCCAGGGACGUCUACGGUGUCUCACAGCUGCCAAAAAGACAAAAACAAAUGCAGAAGCAAUGUUUUUAUUUUUGAAACUGCAGAUCGGUGCUGAUCUUCAUCAUCAUCAUCAUCAUCACCAUCAUCUUCAUCAUCAUCAUCACCAUCAUCAUCAUCAUCAUCACCAUCAUCUUCAUCUUCAUCUUCAUCAUCAUCAUCAUCAUCAUCAUCAUCAUCAUCAUCAUCAUCUUCAGGACUCACCAGCAGGUUGUCGGUUCAAUUCCCUGCAAAUGUAACCAAAACAAAGUUCAUUCAACAAAGAAACAUUGAUAGUUGUUUAAUCGAGAGCAGGAAACAGAGAAGUGGUGAUGAUGUCACAGAGAGGCCACGCCCACAAACGGCAGCCAUCUUUUAUACCAUUUCAGACAAAAAACUAAACACAAAAAUCUGCAGUUUUAUUUUAACUUUUUUUGUAUUCGGUGUAAAUAUUUGUCGUGUUUUAAAAAAAAAUAAUAAUACACAAACUGAUGUUUAAAAACGUGAUCACCAAAGUUCAGUAAAAUUAGUAAUUUAAUUAAUUAGAGCAGGAAGUGAGAAAAUAAAAGCUCAGAGAAA